AGAAAGGUAAGCGGAGCCAAUGUCCAGACACUGGGUCACGCACGGGCUUACCGCGGAGCACGUGAGUUGUCUGCUGCACGCGAAGGUCACAUACACGAGCGGGGGACGACCUUCGACCGUUUUGCCAAAUUUGGGAAGCGGGUGCAAACCGAUUGGCCAGCAAUUACAAGCCGGAAUCAAGGGAGGAGAACCAUUCUGCCAAAUUUGGAAAAUCCGUGCGACAGAACCAACCCACAUUGGCUGAGAGCCAGACGUUUCCAAAACUAGUAUGUUUCGUUCACCAAUAAAUAGAACUGCCCUGUCGUGUAGAAUAGACUCCCUGUUUACCGAGCCUUGGUCUUCUGUAUCCCGUCAGUUGGUUGGGCGCGUGAUUGAGCAAUCAGGCGGUCGUAGUCUCGCAGGCGCAGACUAGCAGCAGUGCAGCAGGACGAAGGCAGCUUUACAACAGUGGCGACAGGAGUCAAAGGAACCCAAAGAUGUCAGUCAGUUUUGAGCAAUUGCAGUAUCUGUUGCAGCAACAGCAGGCGCAGUUUGAGAAAGCACAGGCCAAGCUGAUCGAAACGCUGACCAAGAAUUUGUCACUACAGGCAGGCUCGGUAACAGGAACAAGUGAACGUUGUCCCUCAGCAGAAACCUUGACCCAGCAAGUUUGUGAAUUCCGUUACGAUGCUGAUGCCGGUAUUACUUUUGAAUCGUGGUUCCAUAAAUACGAAGACCUGUUUCGCGUUGAUUUAGCCGGUGCUUCAGAGGACAAGAGAGUACGCCUCAUGCUGCGGAAAUUGGGUGCGGCCGAGCACGAAAAGUUUAUGAAUUUCAUCUUGCCGAAAAAGAGCACUGAUUUAACAUUCGAUGAAGCGGUUGCUACCUUGUCCCAGAUAUUUGGAGAGCAGUCGUCAUUAUUCAAUAUCCGAUACAAGUGCCUGACAAUGACCAAGCGAGACGACGAAGACUGGGUUACUUACUCGAGUCGCGUAAAUCGUGAGUGUGAACGGUCGCUGUUUCACAAGAUGACAGCUGAUCAGUACAAGUGCCUUAUUUAUGUGUGUGGUCUUCAAGCAACCAAAGAUGCGGAUGCCCGAACAAGAGUGCUGAGCAGAAUUGAACAAAAUCCCGAGAUCACACUGCAAGAAGUGACGAACGAAUGCCAGCGGUUGAUGAACUUGAAGCAUGAUGCUGCGAUGAUCCAACAGUCCUCUAUCCAGAGUAGUCAGGACAUCAUUUGCAGGGUCAGCAGAAGUCCUCAGAAAGAAUCGGUCCAUGUGAGUCCACCACAUUCUAAACCCUCUUCUGCUUGUUGGUUCUGCAGGGAAUGGCACUUUGGUCGAAACUGCCCGUUCCGAAAUCACAUUUGCAAUCGUUGUGGUAAGCGGGGACACAAAGAGUCGUGUUGUCUUGCGAAGCGACCAACAAUGAGCGGAAUACGGCGUCGAAUCCCAGUGCGCUUCCGAUGUCACAACGAGGCCAAAACCGUGACGGCGACUUUCAAGGUUGACAGUGUCGGCAGGCGUAAGUUUACAAAUUUGAAGAUCAACGAUAAGGAAGUUAAGCUGCAGUUGGAUACUGCGUCAGACAUCACUUUGAUUUGUCGAGACACAUGGUGUAUGCUGGGACGACCACCGCUUGUCCACACAGACCACACAGCACGAAACGCAUCCGGCGGUAUUUUGAAACUUCUCGGAGAGUUGCAUUGUCAGGUCAGUUUCCGUGAUCAGCACAUCCGUACAACCUGUUUUGUGACAGAUCAACCAGGAUUGAAUUUGCUGGGUCUGGAUUGGAUGGAGGAAUUGAAAUUACUUGACCAGUCAGUUAACAGUAUAUGCCAGAAAUUACAAGUUGAGAAACCCGCAGAGACGCAGAAUAUGAGCCUCGAACUUUACAGUCAAAUUGCAGAACUGAAGCGACGCCACGAAAGUUUGUUCCAACCCGGUCUUGGAUGCUGCCGGAUAGCCAGAGCUGAGCUGAACCUCAAACCAGACGCCAGACCAGUCUUUAGACCAAAACGUCCAGUGCCGUACGCAACACAACCAAUAGUGGAGUCCGAGUUAAAUAGGUUGCAGUCGGAAGGCAUAAUCGAGCGCGUACAUUACUCCGAAUGGGCGGCACCCAUCGUUGUGAUAAAGAAAGGAAACGGCAAGGUACGUAUUUGUGCUGACUUUUCAACUGGCUUAAAUUCCAUGUUGGAGAACCACCAGUACCCUUUGCCUAUACCUGAAGAUUUGUUCACCAAGCUUAACGGUGGAAAAUGGUUUGCGAAACUCGAUCUAGCUGACGCUUACUUACAAGUUCCAGUAGCCGAGAACUGCAGAACUCUAUUGACGGUCAAUACGCAUCUGGGUCUUUUCCAGUACAAUCGCUUGCCAUUCGGAGUCAAAACUGCUCCCGCCAUUUUUCAACAAAUCAUGGAUACGCUGCUGAACGAUAUCCCUGGGGUCGCAGUAUACCUAGAUGACGCAUUGAUUAUGGGGUCUGACCCGCAAGCGUUGCUGGCCACGUUAGAGAAAGUGCUCACUCGUCUAGAAGAAGCUGGUUUCCGGUUACGAGCGGAAAAAUGCAAUUUCCUGAUGGAAAGUGUCAAAUUUCUCGGGUUCAUCAUUGACAAACAUGGCAGACGUCCGGAUCCCGCUAACAUAGAAGCCGUCAAGCAAAUGCCACCACCAAGGGAUGUUGCCGAACUUCGUUCGUUUCUCGGUCUUAUAAGUCAUUAUAGUGCGUUCCUGCCAAGUCUACAUCAGACUAGAGGUCCUCUGAACGAGUUGCUGAUGAAAGAGAAAGAAUGGCGAUGGACAAAGGAGUGCCAACAAUCCUUUGAUACAGUCAAAACAGCGCUCAGUUCUGAUUUACUUUUGACCCACUUCAACCCAAACUUGGAGAUUGUUGUUGCUUCGGACGCCUCCAGUUAUGGGGUAGGUGCUGUCAUUUCUCAUGUGUUCCCUGGAGGAGAAGAGAAGGCCAUUGCGCACGCAGCACGGUCGCUGACAGUGGCGGAGAAAAAUUACAGCCAGAUUGAGAAGGAAGCGUUGGCGAUUGUUUUCGCAGUGAAACGGUUUCAUAAGAUGCUAUAUGGUAGACAUUUCAAACUGAUCACGGACCACAAACCUCUACUUUCGAUAUUUGGAUCAAAGAAAGGUAUUCCUGUUUUCACAGCAAGUCGCUUACAGAGAUGGGCAACAGUACUGCUGGCUUACGACUUCAGUAUACAAUAUCGAUCUACACAACAACUCGGCCAAGCUGACGCUCUAUCUCGCCUCCUCGGUUCUCACUUGAAGGAAAACGAAGACUGCGUGAUUGCAUCUGUCAAAUUCGAGUCGGAAGUUCAGCGCAUCCUGGUUGACAAUGUAAGGGAGUUGCCAGUAACGUCGGACACGAUUCGUGCAGAGACGGCUCGAGACGAUAUUUUGCUGAAAGUGAUCGGGUUUGUGCAGUCCAGUUGGCCUAAUGUCAGAAAUUCGAAUGAGUUACAACCUUUCUUUAACCGACGCGGAUCCCUUUCGGUCGUUGACAGUUGUCUAAUGUUUGGAGACCGAGUUGUGGUACCAAGGAAGUUGCGGAAGCGAAUACUACAGCAGUUUCAUUCAGGUCAUCCGGGAACCAGCCGAAUGAAGGCACUGGCGCGAAGUUUUGUGUAUUGGCCUCAAAUGGAUGCAGAGAUCGAGCAGUUCUGCCAAAGUUGUGAAUCUUGUCAACAAGCGGCAAAGGCACCUCCGAGAUGUUCGUGGCACCCUUGGCCCGAGUCGGAAAAGCCCUGGCAGAGAAUCCACUUGGAUUAUGCGGGACCAAUCAACGGUCAAUCUUAUUUGAUUUUUGUUGAUUCCUACACAAAAUGGCCCGACGUCAUUCCGAUGCAAAAUCCUACCGCCCAGCACACUAUCAAUGAGCUGAACAAACUGUUCCAGUAUUUUGGCACCCCGGAGAUGCUGGUCACAGACAACGGAGCCCAGUUCACCUCAACGCUGUUCAGAGAAUUUUGCAUGCAAAACGGAAUCCAGCACAAGUUUUCGCCACCGUACCAUCCACAAUCGAAUGGGCAAGCCGAACGGUUUGUAGAUACCUUUAAACGUGCUCUUCUCAAAGCGGAAGGAACGAGGGUGUCAAGAGAUGCAAUUCAGCCGUUUUUGAGAAUGUAUCGAAACACUCCGAAUCCAAACACACCGGAGGGUAAAUCUCCUUCUGAAUGUCUAUUUGGACGAAAAAUUAGAACGACGUUUGAUAGCCUGAUUCCCAGAAAUGUUGAAAAGCGAAACGGACAACCGAGAAGGGGGCAGAAUAACAGGCUUCGUACGUUCAAGAUUGGCGACUUGGUGUAUGCACGAAAUUUCCAGACCCCGGAAAGAUGGGUUAGUGGAACGGUUAGUGGAAAGAGGGGUAAAGUUAUUUAUGAGAUAAUGGUCGGAAAGGACAAGUGGACCAGACAUAUCAAUCAUCUGCGACAGCGGCAUGGCAAAACUCAAAGAGAUCAAGAACCAGCGGCACCACAGUGGGACAUACUACUGGAUACAUUUGGUUUAGAAAACAGAACUGAUCCCCAAAGCGGAACACAGCCGGUCGCACAGACGCCACACGACGUGACAUGCCGGCCAAGUCGAAGAAGAAGGCAACCGCGAUGGCUACAAGUGGAUCCCAGGGUGAAAAGCUACGACCAAGCCCAAGUGCGGAAGAUAGGUAGGAGCAAUCAAUUCAAAGGGGGAGGUAAUAGAAAGGUAAGCGGAGCCAAUGUCCAGACACUGGGUCACGCACGGGCUUACCGCGGAGCACGUGAGUUGUCUGCUGCACGCGAAGGUCACAUACACGAGCGGGGGACGACCUUCGACCGUUUUGCCAAAUUUGGGAAGCGGGUGCAAACCGAUUGGCCAGCAAUUACAAGCCGGAAUCAAGGGAGGAGAACCAUUCUGCCAAAUUUGGAAAAUCCGUGCGACAGAACCAACCCACAUUGGCUGAGAGCCAGACGUUUCCAAAACUAGUAUGUUUCGUUCACCAAUAAAUAGAACUGCCCUGUCGUGUAGAAUAGACUCCCUGUUUACCGAGCCUUGGUCUUCUGUAUCCCGUCAGUUGGUUGGGCGCGUGAUUGAGCAAUCAGGCGGUCGUAGUCUCGCAGGCGCAGACUAGCAGCAGUGCAGCAGGACGAAGGCAGCUUUACAACA